UCCGACAAACCGCCUCUUUCCUUUCCCAUCUACCAAACCCUAGGGUUUUCCUGUCGUCUUCUCUAUUUCUACGAUCUGCAGAUUUCUUUGGCGAUUGCAACUUCAUAUAUACAAGAACGCAAUCGAAGAUGAAGGUCUAAGGUCUCCUAGCUUGAAGUUCUUGUUCAAAUUUGAAAUUGGAAUGGACUUCGGGGGGCGUAAGAGAGGCAGACAAGAUGGUGGUUGGAAUGGAGCUCCUAAGAGGGCAAGAGACGAAAUGGAGUCCUUUACACCUGGUGUAGGAAGCAAAUCAAAGCCAUGCACGAAGUUUUUCAGUACUUCUGGCUGCCCAUUUGGUGAAGGAUGCCACUUUUUGCACUAUGUUCCUGGUGGCUACCAUGCUCCUAGUCCGCUGACAAAUAUGGGUGGGCCUCUUGGGCGAAAAUCCCAGAUGCAGCAACCCUUCACCGAUGGUCUGGCUCCUGCGGUAAAAAACAAGCUUUGCAACAAAAUCAACACACCGGAAGGAUGCAAGUUUGGAGACAAAUGUCGUUUUGCCCACAGUGAGGCGGAGAUUGGUGGUAGACCAUCAUUCCCAGGUUAUGAAAACCAACGUGGUCCAAUGAACUAUGGAGGUGGUGGGUACCAAGCAUCCCCACCUGGUUUAGCUGGUGCUAACUUCGGUCAAUCUGCAACAGCCAAGAUCAGCAUCGAUGCAUCAUUGGCUGGAGCUGUUAUAGGGAAAGGUGGGGUAAACUCAAAGCAAAUAUGCAGGAUUACAGGGGUAAAGCUGGCAAUAAGAGAUCACGAGACUGACGAGAAUCAAAAGAAUAUCGAGCUGGAAGGAAGUUUUGAUCAGAUAAAACAGGCAAGUGCAAUGGUUCGUGAGGUAAUCAUGAACCUUGGUGGUGGAAAUGGUGGAGCAAGGAAAGGAGGUGGUGGAGGAAAUAAUUUCAAGACGAAGAUGUGCGAGAACUUUGGGAAGGGACUGUGUACUUUCGGGGAGAGGUGUCAUUUUGCACAUGGACCAAAUGAGCUUCGUACUUGAUUUUAUGACAUGUUGAAUUGUUGUAGUGAUGGAAUAAUCAUGUUCUAAAAUUUUCAUUUGGAUUAUUUGUUAUAUGUCAAGUUGUUAUCUUAUCAAAGACUAAGAUGGAUAGAUGUACAUUAUAUAAAUCUUUGAUUAGUUAA